GGAUUGCCCGCGGGUGGAGCCUUGGCGGUUGCCCUCGGGCCGGCAGCUGAAUGAAGAGGACUAGGCCAUUUAUAACAUCAUGGUCCAUGUUCUCUCCUAUGGCAUUUUGUAUGAUCAGGAACCACUGCCGUAGGGUCCUGGCAUCUUCCUGCAUUCCUCUUCUUUCAAAUAUGUGUAGAUCUUUCGGGUACAGUACAAAGUGGGAAGAAAAGAACAAGAUCACCUAUCCUCCACAAGGGCCAGAUGAACCCCGAAGACCAGCAGAAGUAUACCACAGUCGAAGAGAUAUCAAAUAUGAUAAGGAUAAGAUGUGGUACCUGGCCAAAUUGAUACGGGGAAUGACAAUUGAUGAGGCACUGUCUCAGUUGGAAUUCAAUGAUAAAAAGGGAGCAAAAAUAAUCAAAGAGAUUCUUCUGGAAGCCCAGGAACUGGCAGUGACAAAAUAUAAUGUAGAAUUUAAAUCCAAUUUAUAUAUUGCUGAAUCAUUUUCUGGAAAAGGGCACUAUAUAAAAAGAAUCCGCUACCAUGGCAAAGGCUGUUUUGGGAUUAUGAACAAAGUCAAAUGUCAUUACUUUGUGAGAUUAGUUGAAGGACCACCUCCACCUCCAGCGCCUGCAAAAACUGGAUUUGUUCAGGCUAAGGAGUACGUUGAACAACUUCGGAAACGAACCAUAAUUAAUACACUAUGACACCUCUCAUAAAACACUGUAUCUAUUUUCCUUUUUGAAAUGUAAAUAAAGUACAUUUUAUAAAUAAGUUUUCAAUUUCCUGUUUCUGAAAACAGUCAUAUAUUAUGCUGUACAUUGGUAUUUAGGAAGGGAGCUUUUGCUAAUGGAGAGCUUUUAGAGUUGGAAUGGUGGUCAGAAAAUAAGAUACUUCUUUUUUGUAUUGGAUGGUGGAAGGCAAUAUGUCCAAUACUUCUAAUACAGGCAGAACAUUGUCCUGAUCUGAUAAGUGCCUGCAUUGAAAACUACUUGGGAAUCUUGUGGAAAUUGAAUUUCAUCGGAGAAGAAAGAUUGGAUGUAAAUAAAACAAUUCCCAAUGUUGAGCAAACAAAACUAAGAGAAAAUGUACCUAAUAUUCCAACUAGCUUUUUAAAACUUUGUGCUCUUUCAUAAUGUAUCAUUAAAAUAUGAAAAAUACAUUUGUUUUGUUGAUAAUUGGAAUUUAGUUUCACGAUUCUUCAUUAUCUUCCAAUUCUUCACAAGGAAUAUAUUUCUGAACAGUAAAUGAGUGAUGCAAUGAAAUUUCAGUGCAAUAAAACAUGAUUA